AUGGAUGCGUUUCGAGUAAACACUACCAACGGCGAACGCGACGGUUGGACGACACCGGUGAAUCAGCCGGCGGCGACUACUACGGCUGUGUCUCCGUCUCAAUCGCAGAUGCAGUCAUCGUCUUCUCAGGUCCGUCAACCGGAGACUCAGAGAGCCGACGAACAGCUCUUUGGUGUCCCGAGCGAGUAUUCACUUGGUGUUGAUUUACAAACCCUAGAAUCCUCUUUCGGUAGACUCUCCGUCUUCGAUUCAACCGCUCGUCAGCAGUAUCCGCGUCAGAGCAAUCGAUCUAGUAAUCAGAUGCUUAACAAUGGUGUUUUCAACGGGAAUCUGCGAGACGUUCCUUAUUUCUCAAGGAAUCGAUUCGCAGAUCAGAGUCCUCGGGGCUAUGGGGCUGUUGCAGGAAUCAACAAUCCUUGGAUGAGCGGUCAGAACCAUGCUCUGCCUCCGGCUUUGGAGAAUGGAAGGGGCUCGGUGGUUUCGCUUGCUAAAGACCGAGUGUCCUGUCUACAACUGCAGAAGAUGAUCCAUGAGGGUUCGAGGGAGACGAUUGAUAAGAUUUUCAAAGAUGUCAUCUUUCAUAUCUGUGACUUGAUGGUUGAUCCUUUUGGUCAACAUGUCAUCCAGAUGCUUAUUGAGAAAUGCAGCUCUAAACAGAUCACUCGGAUUCUUGAUGUCAUCACUCACCACCACUUUCAGUUUGUUAGAAUUUGCAUCGAUCCGCUCGGGACUCGUACAAUCCAAACGCUGUUGAACUGUCUCCAAUCUGAGGAUCAAAUUCUGCGCAUCGUGGAACCUAUAAGCAGGGUAGCACUUACAUUGACCAGGAGCAACAAUGGUAAACAUGUGGUUCUGCAAUGCUUAAACCAGUUUACUCCCUCGCAAACUAGGAAUCUUCAAGACGUUAUUGUUGGACACUGUUCUCAAAUAGCAACUGAUCAACAUGGCUGCUGCAUGCUUCAGCACUGUCUUGGCAUCAACUUUGAUCAGCUUAAGCACCGUUUGAUUGCCGAGAUAAUCGCUCAUGCGUUGAAACUCUGCGUUGACUGCUACGGAAACUAUGUGGUGCAGUAUGUAGUGGAGUUGGAAGAUCACAAUGUAACAGCUGAGCUCGUGAGACAACUAGUAGGGCACUACGGAUACCUCUCCCGCAACAAAUAUGGAAGUCAUGCUGUACAAAAGCUCUUGAAAAUAAACUAUAUCGACUCGGGAUUGAUUGUACACGACUUGCUCAGAGAGAUUGAUACUCUUCUUCUAGACCCAUUUGGAAACUAUGUCAUUCAGACCGCAUGGUUUGUGUCUAAGGACGAUCUACGCCACGUAAUGUGGCGUUGUAUACAAAAUAACAUUCCAUUGAUGAGUUGCAACAAGUUUGGGAGGAAAGUUCUUGAGAAACUCAAUCUCCAAAGCCAAAGGUAA